AUGAUGUCAUCCAAGCCAACAGCCUACCCCAGAAUGUGUGAAACCAAACCUAAUCCUUACCCACCAAGCUACUCUACGGCUCCUGGGUCUCAACGACCUCUGAGUUUCAUCAGCCUAGGAAACCAAGCACAGAGUGGUCAGCCUCCCUUCAUUACUUCUCCAGGAACCUUCACCAACAGUCGGCAGGGUCCAGGAAAUAUACAAACGGUAAAUUAAGCUAGAGGAGAAGCAGCUACAAACUUUAAAGAAGAAGCAAAGACACUAGGGGCAAUCCAGAUCAUGAUUGGAUUGAUGCACACUGACUUUGGAAUUAUUUUGGGUUUAAUGGCCUCUAUUUAUAACCAAGUUUGGGGUUUUGCUUCCUUGUCUUUUAUUGGCGGAUAUCCAUUCUGGGGCAACCUCUCUUUCAUUAUUACUGGAGCACUCUCUAUUUCGGCAUCCAGGCAGUUUUCCCCUUGUCUGGUAAAAGGCAGCCUAGGAAUGAACACUGUUAAUUUUGUCUUUGCCUUCAUUGGGGUGAUUCUGUUGCUGGUGGAUGUGAGCAUUAAUGGGCUGCCUAAUCAAGACUCCUGGGCAGUGUGUGUUUAUUCCUGCUUUCGGCUUGCUGGGAAAGGAAUUUCAGCCAUGCUGAUCAUCUUCUCUCUUUAGGAGUUUUGCAUAACUUGUGUCACAGCCCAUUUUGCCAGCCAAGCAAUCACCAACACCAAUGGGUUUGUCCUGGCUAUUCCAACUGUGUAUGCAAAUAGUCCCUUGACAACAGGGUGGUCCUCAGUUCCUCCCAGAAAUGAUGGCCACCAAGCUCAUACCACCUAA